AUGCACACGGACGUCUCGCACGUAUACCAACGACGCCAGCUUCGCAUCAGCCUCAUCGCUAUUUUCGUCACCGUCGCCCCACUCGCUCGACCCGACGACAAGCCCAAAUUCGAAUUCGAACUGGACCAGAUGUCAUUUUUCUCGUCGAUCUUCCCCACGGUCACUCUGGUCCUCGGUCUCUUCACACCGUUCCCCUCAAAGAUCAAAGGUUACACGUUCUUUCACUGGCUGAUGGAUCGCUGCUCGACAUCGUUGCUCGCUGGGUUGGUCGCGAUGCCUAUCCCGACCAAGUCUCCAGAGCAACUACCCCACCGCACUCCCGAAUCGACCUUGCUCACCACGCCCAAUUCAACCCCGCUCGACAUCCCCAUCUCCCAACGCCCUCAUCCUACCUACGCAGAGAAAAGUCGAGCGGUCUACCAAUCCCGCCAAGCCGCCAAACUCCGUCUAGACGCCCUGAACGCUCCUGCUGCGAGACGAAGGGAAGUUGGACUCAGGGUUUGGGGGAUGAGACGUCUUUCUCCUCUGCGCUGCGAAACCAAAGUGGAGUACGACGAUCUCGGAGAACCCUCUUAUCAUCUGCGCCACAUAACCCCUGUGGAGACCGAAUGGAGAUCUUACCCCGCCCGAGUACCUUUACACCCAGACCUCCGUAACACCCAGAACAACGGACUAUGGGGCCCAAAACGUUCCUCCUUGACCGUGGAAGACCUCGCUAGGGACCUUCCUCGCGUCCGUCCGAUUCCCAAACUGGCUCGGCUCGGGUUCGUCGACCUAGGCCCGCCGUUUGAGAGGAAGCGAUUCCCUUCGGCCAUGGAGGUUUAUAUUACAAGCUGCAAGAUUAGAGUCCGUCGAAUCUUCCGGUUUCAAGACGAGGAUACCAUUCAAUUGGACCGAUCGCUAUAG